UUUUAAUUUCCAUUGUCGUGAUUUGACUGCAUGAAGAUGGAUGUGAUAUAAUUAUUUACGUUUUUACAUACGAAAAUAAAUAUUUCUUCUUAUUCUGCCUUCUAGAUAGAAUCGAGUUUAUUUUUUUGAUGUGUAUAUGGAUGUGCAGUGAAAGUGCGCGCUUUUCUAAUCGUAAUCUAAUAAUAGUUCAAACAAAUACCUAGUGAAAUUGUGGAGUGUUAUGUUGGGUAUUUAAUGCAAGUGACAAGUAUCGAUAUGGGGCAGAGUCCGAGCUCUGUUCGGAGUAAGGGCAGCCGGAAAUCCUUUCGCGGAUUUGUCCGACGUUCAAAACUGAACAAGUCCAGUUUAAGUCACACAUUCAGUUUGCCGCCGUCGGAGGAGUAUCCCGAGCUGAUGAAUAUUAAUACAGCGACGGAAGAGCAGCUGAUGACGCUGCCAGGUGUAAACAGACAGCUAGCGCGGGAAAUAGUCAGGCAUCGACAGAUGAUCGGCCGUUUCAAACGAGUCGACGACCUUGCUUUAGUAUCAGGUAUAGGUGCUGAAAAGCUGGAUACACUAAGACCAGAAAUAUGUACAAACAUUAGAAGACAAGUGUCUAGAGCUAGCUCGUGUACACACUCACUGGACAGCUUUAGAUUAUUAUCAGAUAAUAAGCUAUGCUCAGUGAACUCCUCCAGUGUGUUCCAACUGCAGUGUGUACCUGGCUUAAACCAAGAAAUAGCAGCUAAUAUAGUUGAUUAUAGGAAUAAGAAAGGUCCAUUUAAGUCAUUAGAUGAUUUAAUUAAAGUAAGAGGAAUGGAUGUGAUCCGACUUAGUGCUGUGAAGAUUCACUUGAGCUUGGAACCGAGGAAGUGUGAGAGUGAACAACACUUAACAAACGGCCAUGUAAAUGGAUGGACCGAAGCGUCCCUAAACGGAUCUCUAAUGAGUAGUGAAUCAAAAACACCAACAACACCCUGUAGAAAGAGUUUUUCGAUGCCAGCUAAAUUCCCCUUAACACUGCCGAAUGGAUUCGCGGCAGCUCCAGUGAACGAUAUAUUAGAUUUACUAUCAGCAUAUUCACACAGACCAGUUGUAAAAGAAGUUUUCAUGUACGAAAGAGACGGUGUCAGGUGUUGCCGCCUUGCUUCAUGGAAUAUUCACCAGCUGACGAGGGAUAAAGUGAUAAACCCUGGAGUGAGGGAGGUUGUGUGUCGGACAAUAUUAGAAAACAAGUUGUCCAUAAUAGCGAUACAGGAUAUACACGAAAUAGAGGCUGUCAAAGUGCUAUGUGAAGAAUUAAAUGCACCAACGUUGAGAAGGGUCAGAGAGUGGAAAUGCAAUAGUCAGAAUUGGGAGUUUUGUAUACCACAGAAUACUGAAUGCCAUUCGCUCGGCUUCAUCUACGAGAACUGCAACAAGGCCAUCACGAUAGAGGACGUGGCGAUAGACCAGCUACACCUGGUCGUGGAAGCUAGUGAAGUGAAGAGGCUAAUGGGCCUGCUGGCAGAUGCGAGUAGCGAACGGCUUGUCAGCUGUAGUCAAGCGUUCCUGAUAUGUGGCAGGCCGUUAAUUCUGGUUAACGUGCACUGUAAAGACGCGCUAGAUGAAGAGGACAGCAAGAGACUGAGGGAGAUAGCAGAUGUGGCGGUUGGAGCGAAGCUGCAGCUCGCUUUCCUGGGCGAGUUUCAGAAGUGGGAUAAUGUUAGAAUGUUACAGAACUGCGAGUCGCUACUCGACGAAGAAAUAAAAACAACGGUGGAUGCGACUGUAUCGGGAAAGAGCACAAUAUUAUGUCCCGGGACCAAAGACGCUAGCAACUUUAUAGGACGCUCGGGGGCGGUUAAAUCUGGGCUCUGUCACCUGGCAAUACCACGAGGAUGGUCCUGGGGAGGACCAGCAUCACCCUUCUGCCCGGUGUGGACAGAACUAAAAAUACCCGAUUGACAAAAAAUAAAAUUUGUCGAUGGUAGAAAAUUAUCUGUGGUGUACUGCGCGACUACGGCGCUCUUCCUUCUCAUACAGUGUCUUUACUUUGUGGUCCAUAUUUUGAAUAUCGUGUAGAACGGCCAUUAUUUUUUUAAUUUCCCGCUAUUUUCAAGUUUCGUUUUUUUUGGGGAUUUUGUAUAGCUUAAGCAAAUGAAAUUUAUCAUACGUUUAUCGAUUUAUUACUUCUGUAAUUAAUGAAUGUAUUUACUGUAAAAUAAUUAUGACAUAUAUAUAUUCAAGUGUAGAUAUUAACGGUUUCUGUAUAUAGGCAGUAUUUUUAUCGUACCAUGUUCCUUUUUAAGUACUUCCAUUUGAGUAGCUGAAGAAUUGCGUCCUCUGGUUUAAAUAAUAUUAAAAAAUGCUAUAUUUUUAAAGAUAAAUAAAUUGCUACUUAACAUUUUCAAAUUCCACUUUUAGAUUUUAAGGAAUCGAGGCCAAAUUUUUUGUGUCAAUAAUUAAAUUUUUUAUCCGAUUCAAGUAGAUAUAAAAUCUAUUUUUCUCGAUACUACAAUAGAUAUUUUUCCCAAUGUUUGCUUAGAUAAUAGAAGAUAAUAUUUUUAAAGCGCAAUAGUUUAAAUUCCAUACGAAUAGUUUGUUACGGGCAUCAUUAUGUUAAAUGUAUACAAAUGAAAGGGUAUUUUAAAUUCAUUGUACCUGAGAAAAUUCCUCUUAGAUGUUAAAAUAGAUUCAAGAAAUGUUUUUUUUUUUUUUGCCAAAAUUUAGUUGAAAUAAUUUGCCAACAAAUAGUUUACUUUUGGAGUUUGCGUGAAGAAAUAAAUCGUCUCAAAUAUAGAGAUUAUGGAAACUAUGUGAUAUCACAUACAAAGUAUUGAACGGAUUAAUAUUUUUGUAUAAUGUGUAUAUACUGUGUAGUGAUUGAUCUCGUAUUUGUAAAUGUAGAGUUUAUUUUUACGAAUGUGACACUUGCAAUUUUUUUUUUUACUUUUUUUUGCCUCGAGACUGUGGUAUUUUUAAUUCAAUGAAAUAAUAUGGCUGUAUGUUUAAGAUUUAAUGAACUUAUUU